UUGUUUUUGAUUAGACAGACAGACAGGUAGACAGCCAUGUCAGUGACAAAAGUGGACUGCAUCCAUUGCUGUGGAAGAGUUUGUGAUUUAUAUCUAAAUGCACCCCCCUGGGCUGCACCCCCCUGGGCUGCCACCUUACUGUGGUGGAGGGGUUUGAGUGUCCCAGUAAUCCUAGGAGCUAAGUAGUCUGAGGCCUCUGGUAGGGUGACCCAUGGCAAACAGGUCCUAGGUGAGGGAUCAGACACAGUGCAGCCCAAAGACUCUUUUUGAUGAUUAAUACAAAUGGAAACUGUGUUCCCUUGCCUGGAUGUGGGUCCCAGGGGCCCCCCAUCUGGAGCCAGGUCUGGAGGUGGGGCACGUCGGCGAGUGCCUGGUGGCCAGGAUUUCACCCACAGAGCCCGGAGGGGCACAGACCGAAGAGGACACGUGGGUCCCCCUUCCCAUAGGCUCACCAUUUGUGGAAGAGGCCAAAGGGGUCGGGUCCAGGGUGUGGUGGGUUGUAGCCGAAGGGGGGUGGGGUGGGGGUGGGGGGAUAAAUUUUGGUGGCCUGUGGAUUGAGUUUCUGCUUUUUGCAGAUGAUGUGGUCCUGUUGGCUUCAUCAGUAAGAGAUCUCCCGCUUUUACUGGAGCGGUUCGCAGCCGAGUGUGAAGCAGCCGGGAUGAGAAUAAGCUCCUCUAAAUCCGAGACCAUGGUCUUGAGUCAGAAAAGGGGAGAAUGCCUUCUCCGGGACAGAGAUGAGGUCCUGCCCCAAGUGGAGGAGAUUAAAUAUCUCGGGGUCUUGUUCACGAGUGAGAGAAAAAUUGCGAAAGAGUGCGAGAUCGACAGGCAGAUUGGUGCUGCAGUGAUGCGGGAGUUGUGCCAAUCUGUCGUGCUGAAAAGACAGCUGAGCCGCAAGGCAUUCGGUCAUCCGGGAGGAGCUCGGAGUAGACCUGCUGCUCCUCCACAUUGAGAGGAGCCAGUUGAGGUGGCUCGGGCAUCUAGUUAGGAUGCCUCCCUGGUGAGAUUUUCCAGGCCUGUCCAGCUGGAGAAGACCUAAAGAAAGACCCAGGACACGCUGGAGGGACUGUGUCUCUCGGCUGGCCAGGGAACGCCUCAGGGUUUCGCCGGAGGAGCAGGCCCAAGUGGCCGGGAAAAGGGAAGUCUGGGCCUCCCUGCUUAGGCUCCUGCCCCCGUGACUCGACCCCGGCUAAGUGGCCAAAAAUGGACAGAUGCAUGGAUAUUUAAAUGCUGUAAAUAUCACAUUAAGUGUCAAGUAAAAACAUUGCAUACAGAUGUUCAGUUUCCAGUGCAGUCAAUAACAAUAGGGACAGCUGUUUUAGUUACUUCUUCAUGUGGGUUUGAUGGGGAUAUUUUUCUCAGUUUUUACUGUUUUGUAGAACAUAAUUAAUAAGUUUUUAUUAAAGCUGCGGAAAGUAUUUGUUUCACUGACUGUAUGAUUAACCUUAGAUUAAUAUUUUUUAACAUUUUUAACGUUUACUUAUAAACAAGCGGUCCUCCACUCACGGUCACCAUAAAAUGUUUGGGUUAAUUCUAAAUGUCUUUGU